AUGAGGGUCUGGUUGUUUGAUGCGUUGGUUUGGACGGUGUUGUAUUACGGUGUUAAGAUCUGGGGAUGGAAAGCAAAGAGCAUGUAUGAUCGAUUUCGAAGAAAGACAAUCAAAAAUACAGUUUCAGGCACGGCUACACAGGUUUGCAAAGACUGCGAUGAAGCAGAACUGAGUGUCGCAUUAGAAAUAGCUCCUGCUCAAACUUUCUCAAUUUUUUACAUCGAUUAUAAAAGAUUUAUUGGCGUUUACUCUUGUGUUGGCAAAAGAUUGGGUGCUUGGAUUUUGGCAAGAAAAGAACAGGUAGACGACGAAGACCUUGAACCUGUCUUUAAAUCUAUGGAGAAGAACGGGCUGAAUCCGAAGUCGUUAACAUUGACGGAUCGAGAAGGCUGCAUUUGA